AAAGGCUUUUGAUUGGCUGGCAUGUCUCCCAUUGCAGUUAUGAUGGGCUCGUUGUUAGCAGCAACCACUGAGGCACCAGGAGAAUAUUUCUUCUCAGACGGCGUGCGGCUGAAAAAGUACCGGGGCAUGGGCUCCUUGGAUGCUAUGGAGAAGAGCACCAGCAGCCAGAAACGAUAUUUUAGUGAAGGCGACAGAGUGAAGGUGGCUCAGGGCGUCUCGGGCUCAGUCCAGGACAAAGGCUCCAUCCAUAAGUUCGUUCCUUACCUGAUAGCUGGGAUUCAACAUGGCUGCCAAGACAUCGGAGCAAAAAGUCUGUCCGUCCUGCGAUCCAUGAUGUACUCUGGAGAGUUGAAGUUUGAGAAGCGAACCAUGUCUGCACAGGUGGAGGGAGGCGUUCAUGGACUGCACUCGUAAGAACUGAAAUAAAAGCUACUAUUUGUUCUACACUUGCUCAUGUGUGAGACAAAAAACUUGAACCAAACAUAAUGCUGUGGGUGAUGGGAAUUUUUGAAAGUAAAAAUCACAUUUUGAUAAA